AUGAAAUCAUUAUGGUUAUUACCAUUGACUAUAUUGUUUGCCUUGUUUAUGAGUGAUGUAACAAUCGGCUCCUCGAUACAACAUUUACAACGUCACAAAAAACAUGAACAUAGAAAUGAUACUCAACCGAAUGUGUUCCAAUGUAUUUCAUGCAAAUCUGGUACUCAGCAAGUUUUGUAUAUUAUUUUAAGUUCAAAUACAUGGUAUACGGUUAAUGAGAAAAUUAAAAUGCUUUGUUUUAAGACAGGACCAUUUUACAAUUCAUGUUUAGAUUUUUCAACUCAGCUGGCAAGCAAGGCAUUCAAGCUUCUCAGGCAACUUGAACCAGCAAAAUGGUGUGCUUUUCUUGGAUUUUGUUAUUAUCCACCCUAUGUACCAGUCUGUAAAUAUUGUUACGAAACAGGAUUAACCAUUAAAUCAAUGUUAUUAUCAAAGCACUUCCUUUCAGAAUUAUACAAUAACACGUUAGCUAUGUGCAAUCAAGUGCCUACUUACUCGUUUGUCUGUGGUCCAGUGAUACACGAUGUGUUUAUGGCCAUUACCUUGAGUUUUAACAAACAAUUCUUAGUGCAGCGAUUUUGUCAGAAUGCUGGAUUCUGUUAA